UCCCAGAACAAAAUGAGAUUGGUCUCCUGGAUAUUUAUAUCGUUGCAGCUGCUGCUCCUGACAACAGCACUCAAUGCAAGACGAUGUGUUAAGCCAAGUCCAGCAACAACGACUCCCACAGCACCGUCCUCCACUCAACCGACCUCCACCCAAUCGACACCCACUGACAGCGGCUCAACUGGGACGCGGAGUACCUCAACAACCGAAUUAUCCACAGACGCAUCACCGACUCCAAGUGAUCCUACCGUGUCAACCGAGGACCCGGGCACACCAACAGAUGUUGGACCCACCGAAGUACCGAAAACGUCAACCCAGGGCACACCAACAGAGUUGCCACAGACUCCAACAGAUGUUGGACCCACCGAAGUGCCAAAAACUUCUACACAGGGCACACCAACAGAUUUAACACAGACUCCAACAGAUGUUGGACCCACCGAAGUGCCAAGAACUUCCACCAAGGGCACACCAACAGAGCUGCCACUAACUCCAACAGAAGAUCGACCCACCGAAGUGCCAAGAACUUCCACACAGGGCACACCAACAGAGCUGCCACUAACUCCAACAGAUGUGGGACCCACCGAAGUGCCAAGAACUUCAACCCAAAGCACACCAACAGAUUUAACACAGACUCCAACAGGUGAAACAGAUACGGCAGAGACAUCAACCAAAGCAACAACAUUGUCUACCCUCUUAACGCCAACAACCACGGAGAUCUAUGUGGAUGCCAACUCCAUGUGCAAAAUGCAUCCCGGUGUGGAGUACCUGCCCCAUCCCUAUGACUGCCACCAGUUUAUACACUGCGAUGGGGACCGGGGCUUUAUUAAAACAUGCGGCGAUCUCUACUGGGACUCUAAAAACUUAACUUGCGAUCGUGAAUGCGCCUAAUACUAAUAUAGCACGAAAAUAUUUAUAUACAUAUGCAUAUAUAUCUAGAACGAAAAUUGUAAAUGUGCUUUUAAAUACUUUGGGAGCAGGAGUAUUGCCAUUCCAUGGUUCCAUAAUGAACUUCAUUCAUAAGCAAUUAAAUACUGAUUAUAUUGAUA